UUCCACUUUCAUUUACAGUGCACAUUUUUCAGUGCAGCCGUUCUCGAAGUCCAGCGAUUCGCGAACAUCAUAGCAAUCAACCCUGUUCAUCGCACUGUGAAGGAUACAUUCAUUGGUUCGUAUCCUAUCCCAGCUGACACCUUAGUCUUGGGACAAAUCCACAACGUAAUGGCAAAUUCACCAGUCUUCACAACCCCGGAGAAGUUUUCACCUGAACGGUUCCUGAUGGACGAUGGCGUAACACCUAAUAAGGAAGCUAUGGAGCAAUUUUGCCCCUUCUCCAUUGGAAAAAGGGUGUGCGUUGGGGAGGGAAUGGCAAAAAUGGAGCUCUUCAUCGGACUCAUCACAAUUGUGCAAAAUUUCAAGGUUGUUCAACACAUGUUUUUCCUCUGGGCAUUACUUCUUUUAACUACUGCUCUAGCCAUCUAUAUAUGGCGAUUCUAUGAGAACAUCAAGCGCUAUCCCAAAGGACCACCUCCAUACCCAUUUGUUGGAAACCUACUAUCGUUGAACUUUUUCAAAAUACACAAGGAAUUUGCCAAGUAUACCAAGGAGUAUGGUAGCAUAUUUACGGUCUAUCUGCCCAAGCCUCAUGUAGUUAUUACGGAUUUCGAUGGUGUCAAAGAGGCAUUCGUAAAAAAAGGUGAUGACUUCAUUGGUCGUUCCGGCAUUUUCCCAGACACCUUAUUCCAGAAUGUUGAGAACGGUGGAGUAAUUUUUUCACAGGGCGAGAAUUGGAGAGAACAACGUCGAGCAUCGCUGCACAUUCUUAGAGAUUUUGGAAUGGGAAAGAACUUGAUGGAAGAACAGGUUUUGCUUUCUGCCCAUGAUUUUCUUGCUCACCUGUCCUCCAUCAAAAACAAAGACGAGAUUUGUCUCCGUGAACCAAUUCAGGUUUUCAUAGGAAAUAUCAUCAACAAGACCCUGUAUGGCUACAGUUAUGAAUACGAUAAAAGUGAUAGGAUGAUGAAAGCAGCUAAAGAACUCAAUGCUCUAAUAGAAGGAAUGAGGGAAAGCCGACUGAUAUUCCUCGGUCAAUUUUUCCCAAUCAUCUAUCGCCUACCAGUUAUUGGACAUAUGGCAAAAGGACGAUUCGUGGACAUGACUGCUGGACUCCGUCAAACAAUCAGAGAAGACGUGACACGGGCGCUGGAAUCAUAUACAGUGGAUCAGGAGCCUGAAUGUCUAGUACAAGCAUAUUAUCAAAAGAUGCAGAGCAAUCCUCUUUUGGAUCGUGGUGAGAAUCGAUUAGUAUGGAUUUCAUACGCAUAUCUUUGCUUGAACGCUACUCUCUUCAAGGCUUCCUCAGCCGGGAUGGCCGGAUUCGCCAAUUCAAAAAGUACCGCCCAAACUUCUCGAAAAAGGCUUUCGAAUUUCAGCUAUGACAAUCUGCUCAAUGUAUGUAUGGACUUCUAUACGGCUGGUAUGGAGACGACUACGACAACACUUAGAUGGGCCACAUUACUGUUUGCUACUCACCCAGAAGAGCAGGAAAAAGUUCGUGAAGAGAUUCUGAGAGUCAUCGGUCCAGAAGGCAAGCCAACUUCAUCGGACAGACAAAAAAUGCCCUAUACCAAUGCAACAAUCCAGGAAAUCCAACGAUGGGCUAAUAUUCUUCCUAUGAAUGUCGUUCAUCGAACUGUAAGGGACACUUCCGUGAAAGGAGUGAAAAUUCCUGCAGACACCCAUGUGCUUGGNGAAAUUCAUCAAAUUCUCGCUCACUCGCCCGUGUUCAAAGAUGGGCACGAAUUCCGUCCAGAACGAUUCCUUAUGGAGGAUGGUGUCACUCCCAAUAAGGAGGCCGUUGAUCACCUAUGCCCUUUCUCGAUGGGUAAAAGGCAAUGUGCUGGAGAGGCAUUAGCUCGAGUCGAACUUUUUGUUGGUGUUGUCUCAUUACUUCAAAACUAUAGGGUAUGUUUGUUCGAUGUGAUUUUGAUGGCAGUGCUUUUUUUCUUUUUCUUCUUCUUUGCUGAACCUGCUGUCUUUGAAGCUAGUUGGACCGCUCAGAAUACCAUUUUUAGCUACGACAACCUUUUUAAUGUAUGCUCUGAUCUCUUCCUAGCCGGGAUGGAAACUACCGCCACAACUCUUCGAUGGAGUGCACUGAUACUCGCAAAACAUCAAGACGUGCAGAUUACAGACGAGAAUGAAAUCAGAGUGGUGAGAAACAGGAGGGGAAAAUGCGAUUAUGUGGAGGAAGAAAGAAUUUUCUUGGUUGAUUCCGUGAGCUGUAGCGGAUCAGUUCUCGAACUUCAAAGAUUCACAAACAUCAUAGCAAUCAACGCUGUUCAUCGCACCGUGAAGGAUACAUUCAUUGGGUCAGUUCCUGUCCCAGCUGACACCUUAGUCUUGGGACAAAUCUACAAUGUUUUGGCAAACUCACUGGUCUAUCCAGCUCCUGAGAAAUUUUCGCGUGAACGAUUUCUCAUGGAUGAUGGCGUAACACCUAAGAAGGUAACUAAUAAGUCAUUUCCCGGCUUACUAUCGAGUACAGAUUUUACGUAUUUUUUUAAUAUGGUCUGA